UUCAUCAUCAAAAAAUUUUUUCCAACUUUUUUGCUUUUUUCAAUUUUAUAAUGCCUUAGGUGUUGUUCUUUCUUUGUUAAAUGCCCCUGUGCACAUACGGACCGAAAACGGGUCAUAAAUCAAGGUUUUUCAAAGAGCAGUCACAAAUAUUCUUCUUAGCAACGAGAAAAGCUGGUUGCUAGGGUAACUUCUCAAAUCUUUUUUACCCUUUUUUGGCCACAGGUAAGACGAAAUCUACCUUGGAACACGAUUACAAUUUUUUUAUUGAGUUGAAUUUGUUUUAGUGUGCUUUACAUGAAGUAUAUUCUGUAAAUUUUCACCACGGUGCACCUCGAAAUACUGUUUUACGUUUGUCAGAGUUAGAAUGCCUGGACGAAAGCAAAGAAGCCUUUACCGUCAAAAGAGAAAACGUGCUUUUUACGGAGUGCAAAAACAAUUUGUAGAACAAGAGGCUUCCAGAAACGAUAGCGCUACAGUUGAUGACGACGAAGAUGUGGUACUAUCACAAGAACCAGGCCCAUCUUCCCCCUCCACGAUUCCAAAAAAUUUCAAGAGUCCAUCUGGGAAAUUGAUCAACAAAUCAUUAGAAAAAUUGAAAAGGAAUUGUCCUUUAUUUGCCGAAGAACAGUCUGAGUACAUAAAUGAAAGAAGGAAAUGUCUGGAUUUGUACAGUAAAGACUCACUUGGCCUAGCUAGUGGAAGAGAACUUGCACAUGGCUUCAAGGUGAUGAACACUAGCAAUCUGCUAACCAGUUUGAGUAAAGCAGCCGUCUGCCGUCUCUGUAAGGACCCAAAAGGAACCUUGCAGCUAUGGCAAGACAAUUCUAAAAGAAGAGGUCUUCAUGAGGUUUUAUUCUGGAAAUGUAGCAAUUGUGACAAAGAAACAGAUUCUUUCAGCACCAGCCCUUUCGUAAACAAUGAUAAAAUGGAUGUUUCAGAAAUAAACAUACGUCUUACGCAGGGAGGUGUGGAAAGUGGAAAUGGAUUGGCAGGUUUGUCAAAAAUAUGUUGUGCAUUAGAUGUCCCUCCACCAGUUACAACAAAUGCCUUCAGUGCAAUCCUGAAAAAAAUCACCACAUCAUACCAGAAGGAAGCCCAAGAGUCUCUUUGUAAAGCAGCAAAAAAUUUAAAAGACCUUAUGCAAAUAAACACUGACAUUAAUGAUGAAGUUGUUUCUUCAUAUGUCCCUGUUAGUGUGUCAGUAGAUGGUACAUGGCAAAAACGUUAUGGCUAUAGUUCUUUGCUUGGUGUUGUGUUUAUUUUAUCAGUUGAGACUGGUGAAGUAUUGGAUUAUGAAGUACAGUCCAAAAUUUGUUUUGAGUGUAAAUUUAGAGAGAAGUGGGAAAAAGAGUCAGAAAAGUACAAGAAUUGGUAUUCUAAUCAUGAAGAGCAUUGUGAAGUUAACCACAAAGGCUCCUCAGAGGCAAUGGAAAAAGAGGCUGCUGUAAAAAUGUUUCUAAGAUCAAUGGAGAAACAUCAGCUUGUAUAUACAACUUAUGUUGGUGAUGGUGAUUCAUCAUCAUUUGCCGAAGUUGCAGAUGCCUGUUUCAAAAAAUUUGGAGAUGGAUACUUGGUUUUGAAAGAGGAUUGUAUAGGGCAUAUCCAAAAGCGAAUGGGCUCUAAUUUGCGCAAUUUUAAAAACAAAAACAAAGGUAGAAAGUUAGCAGAUGGUGGAACGAUUGGAGGACGUGGUAGACUAACUGAUGCAAUAAUAGACUCACUGCAAAAUUAUUAUGGUUAUGCCAUCCGAAAUCACACUAAUAAUAUUGAGGGGAUGAAAAAAGCAAUUUGGGCAAUAUUUUAUCAUUGCAUUCAAGGUGAAAAUGAGCCAGAUGAGGUUCAACAUCAGUUUUGUCCUGAAGGAGAGAAUUCAUGGUGUAGGUUCCAGAGAGACAGAGCUUCCCAUACAGCAACCUAUGAUCAGAGAAAGUGCUUGCCAUCAGUUUUCAGGAAGGAGUUAAAACCUAUAUUUGAAAGGCUAACUGGUGAUGAACUCCUGAGCAGAUGUCAAAAAGGUCUCACACAGAAUCAAAAUGAAGCCCUCAACAAUGUCCUUUGGUCAAAAUGCCCCAAACGAGUCUUCUGUGGUAAGCAGCGCUUGGAAUGUUGUGUUGCGUCAUCUGUUUUGCAAUGGAAUGCAGGAGCAGGCAGUGCUGGGAAUGUGCUGAAAAGACUAGGUGUUUUGUCUUUGGGAUCAAACACCAUCAAAGGUUACAAAUCUGCAAAUGAGAAAAGGGUAAAGAAAGUGGAGGCCAAAUGCAAAACAGAUUAUCAGAGAAGACGGCAAAUUUUAAGGAAGAUGAGAAAACAAAAUACAAAAGCAGGAGCAGCUUAUGCCUCUGGAGGUUUUUCUAUCCAUAAAGUGCCAGACAAAGACCUAUGCAAAGUUGAUGACAAGGAUAACAUGGAUGUAGUGUUUAUUGAUGAAAAGAGCCUUGAAAUGGUUUAUGUUGAGAAAUCAGCAAAAAGAAGAAAAAUUCAAUAACUAAAAAGACAAUUCAUAUAACCUUAUGUACAGGUACCUUUUGGAAAUACUUUAUUUCCUAAUUAUAUAAGGGAAUAAUCUAAAACCAAUUGGUCUUGGACCAUUAAGACCCAAAUUUAACCUCUUUUGGUUAAUUAUUUUGAAGCAUUGAUGUCGAGUUUGUAAAUAUACGCAACCAGAACUUUAAAGCUCGUUUUCUCAAAUGCGCAUUUUAAUACUUUAAGAAAGGAUAAAAAAAGAAGCAUGCAAUAUUAUUCAAUCAAAUUUGGUAGGAGGAAUUGUACUUAUGGUGUCUUUGAUAUGAGUUGACAAAAUUUUAAUCUGUCUACUCUGUUGAUAGUUAUCCAAGAAAAAUGGUUUUUCCAGUUUCCAUAGCAACGGUUGCUAUGACAAUAAUUUUCUCAACUCAUUUCAAUGCUUUCUUUAUGUUUAGUAAUUUGAAAUAGAUAUUAUCUUAAUGUAAGCUUACACUUCUCUAAAAUCGUUUCUCAAGCAUUUUUUAUGGUCCAGGUUUCCUGGUCUGUAAAAUACACCAUAACCACGUGAUCAUCUUAUUGUUAUGAAAAAAUCUGCAGUAAUUGCUAUUGUUGUUUGUGUGAAAAUUUGGUGUGAUUUGAACAAUAGACUUAAAAAAUAUUCAAUGAUUUUCAAAAACAUAGCUAAAAUCAUCUUCAGGGUCGAGGACCACCUUAAAAUGUUUUCUUCUCUGUUGCCAUGCAAAAACUUUUCUAUUCCUUCAUGGAUUCCAUCUCUUAGGGAGCCUGACCACCCUUUUCCUUUGGAGCCUCCUUCUUAUGAAAAGAUCACAUCAGUAAUUCGGCGUAUGAAAUCUUCAGCCACUCCAUGUCCCCGUGACAAAAUUUCCAUCAUUGUUUUUAAACGAUGUCCAUAUUUACGCUCUUUGAUAACAAAUAUCAUUCAUAAUAUCUGGCUCUCUGGAAAAGUUCCUUUAGAGUGGAAAAAAGGCAUGUACUAUCCUAAUUCACAAAAAGGGUAGCAAUGACGAUCCAGCAAACUUCAGGCCAAUCACUCUUGAGCCAGUGCCUUUGAAAAUCAUCAC